AUGGCUAGAGGCUUUCUCUGGGGUAGAAGCAGCACUAAUUCUGGCUUUCACUCUGUGGGAUGCUCAGUUACUACACUUAAAAAAUCUGAGGGGGGUUUAGGUAUUCGGAAUCUUCGUUUAGCCCAGCACUCGCUUAUGGCCAAAAAUGUUUUUGACAUUCUCAAUUCAGUUGACAAACUUUGGGUUAGCAUCUUCAAUUUUAAAUACGCUGAGUGGAAAAUUUGGAACCCUGUUAAACCCAAGUUCUCUUCUUGGUUCUAUCAUUCCAUCUGUAGGACUGCUAAUUACUUAAAGCCUAAUCUUAAAAUGAUCACAUGCAACCCUAAUUUUACUGAUCUUUGGAAUGAUGCUUGCAUUUUUGAUCUUCCUAUCUCUCAGAAGCCCACUUACCUUAAUAUGACCUUGAAUUUGGAAAAUUUUCAAUUCCGGGAUCUCAUUGAUCGUAAUGGUUUUUGUUUGGACUCUUUGACCAACAUCUUUGGUAAUGAGAUUAACUGGGAUGAUGUUAACAAGCGCAAUAUUUGUUUUGAUAACAAGAAUUUCUGGAUUUGGAACCAACGCUCGUUCAAAACUUCUAUUGCCUUCUCUGUGUAUGAGCAUCUCUGCAGGACCUCCGGUCCUGAUGAUCUUUGGACUGGCUGGGCCUUUAUUUGGAAAUUGCGUGUGAUACCUAGAGUCAAAACCUUCAUCUGGAAGCUUGCUCAUGGUAAGCUUCCAACUGGGGCUCUCCUUUACCAUUUGAAUAUUGGGCCGUUCUGCCCUUGCCCUCUAUGUGGUCUUUGUGAGGAGACCUCUGAUCAUCUCCUUUGGAAAUGUGGUAAAGUGGUUCAUUGUUGGAUGGAUCUUUUUUCUAAACUCAAUCUCAAUUCUGAUUUGCUUAAUUCUUUAAGUACUGGUGUUUGGCUUGAUGAGUUCAUUUUCGGCAGGGUCUCUUCUUCUCGAGUUCAAGCUCUAAUUGCUACUGUCGCUUGGUUAAUUUGGAAGCAGAGAUGUAAUUUAAUUUUUAAUAAUUGUGUUUUUGAUGCUAGCUCUAUUGUGCCCAGGGCUUGGUCUCUUUGCUCUGAACUGGAUGUACUUCCUUUCAGGGAGUGUUCUUCCCGAUCUCUCAAUUGCACAAUUUCAAUCUUCACUAAUGCUUCUUGGACAUCUAGUACCUCCCCUGCUGGUAUGGGGUUCCUUAUUGUUGCUAAUCUUACUUCCAUCUUGGUUGCAGGUUCUUCUGGGGCCAAGAUGGACUCUCCCUUUAUGGCCGAACUUGCUGCUAUUAACCGCGCUCUCCAAAUUUGCAAAGAUUUCAACUGGGUUCCGGAUCGUGCCUUCUGUGAUUGCCCGGGCAUUCCUAAUCUGCUGAAAAAUUAUAACCCAUGUGUUACUUGGCAUGUUCACUCUGAAUUCAUCAAUUUGAAGCUUCUGCUGAAUCAUUUUCCCAAUGUACACUUCAACCUCAUUGCUCGUGAUGAUAAUGCUGUGGCUGAUGCUCUCGCUUCUUUUGGAAGAUCAAAUGUCCAGCUUUCACUCUUCUUCCAGGGCCUAGAGAGGCCGUUCUGGUUGGAUGACAUCUGCACCCGUUUCAACCUUUCUUUCUAA